GAAUGAGUGCUCCUUUGGUAAACACUCCACAGGGUUUGUUAACCUUCAAUGAUGUGUCUUUGAACUUCUCACUGGAGGAAUGGGAAUGUCUCAAUUUUGGUCAACGGUCAUUGUACAUAGAUGUAAUGAUGGACAAUUUCAACAAUCUAUUGUUUUUGGAAAAUCAUCUCAUACAUGGAAGACAUCGGAAGGUCUUGGAUCAAGACACAGAGUGCAAUGUCCAUGAACAUGUGAAUAUGCAAGAGAAGUCUUAUAAAUGUAAUGAGCUCAGCAAAAUGAAUAAUGAAUCCACCCAAAGUAUACCUGAUAAAACUAACCACAGAGAUGCCUCACUUCAAUCCUCAAACCUGAAAAGACUUAAAAUUGGGAAAACCAGAGAAGUUUCCAAAUAUAAAGACUGUAUAAAGUACUUAAAUGAGUGCUCUAUAAAUAAUCUACAUCACGAAAUACACAUAGGGAAGAAAGAAAACAACAAUCCAGAUUUUCAUAAGGGUUUUGUAUCUAAACAUAAACUGAUGCUGAAACCAAACAAUAAUGGUGAGAAACCUUACAAAUGCAGUGAAUGUGACAAAUGCUUUACCCAAAAAUGCAGUCUUGAUAGUCAUCAGCGAAUUCAUACUGGAGAGAAACUUUACAAAUGCAGUGAAUGUGACAAAUGCUUUACUGUCAAAAGUAGACUUAGAAUUCAUCAGAAAAUUCAUACAGGAGAGAAACCUUACAAAUGUAGUGAAUGUGACAAAUGCUUUACCCAAAAGUGCACUCUCCGUAGUCAUCAGAGAAUUCAUACAGGAGAGAAAUCUUACAAAUGCAGUGAAUGUGAUAAAUGCUUUCCCGGACAAUCCUAUCUUAGGAUUCAUCAGAGAAUUCAUACAGGAGAGAAACCCUACAAAUGCAGUGAAUGUGACAAAUGCUUUACCGGGCAAUCCUAUCUUAGGAUUCAUCAGAGAAUUCAUACAGGAGAGAAACCUUACAAAUGCAGUGAAUGUGACAAAUGCUUUACCGGACAAUCCUAUCUUAGGAUUCAUCAGAGAAUUCAUACAGGAGAGAAACCUUACAAAUGCAGUGAAUGUGACAAAUGUUUUACCCAAAAAUGCAGUCUUGAUAUUCAUCAGCGAAUUCAUACUCGAGAGAAACCUUACAAAUGCAGUGAAUGUGACAAAUGCUUUACCCAAAAAUGCAGUCUUGAUAGUCAUCAGAGAAUUCAUACUCGAGAGAAACCUUACAAAUGCAGUGAAUGUGACAAAUGCUUUACUGUCAAAAGUAGUCUUAGAAUUCAUCAGAAAAUUCAUGCAGGAGAGAAACCUUACAAAUGCAGUGAAUGUGACAAAUGCUUUACCCAAAAAUGCACUCUCCGUAGUCAUCAGAGAAUUCAUACAGGAGAGAAAUCUUACAAAUGCAGUGAAUGUGACAAAUGCUUUACUGGACAAUCCUAUCUUAGGAUUCAUCAGAGAAUUCAUACAGGAGAGAAACCUUACAAAUGCAGUGAAUGUGACAAAUGCUUUACCGGACAAUCCUAUCUUAGGAUUCAUCAGAGAAUUCAUACAGGAGAGAAACCUUACAAAUGCAGUGAAUGUGACAAAUGCUUUAUCGGACAAUCCUAUCUUAGGAUUCAUCAGCGAAUUCAUACUCGAGAGAAACCUUACAAAUGCAGUGAAUGUGACAAAUGCUUUUCCCAAAAAUGCAGUCUUGAUAGUCAUCAGCGAAUUCAUACUGGAGAGAAACCUUACAAAUGCAGUGAAUGUGACAAAUGCUUUACUGUCAAAAGUAAUCUUAGAAUUCAUCAGAAAAUUCAUACAGGAGAGAAACCUUACAAAUGCAGUGAAUGUGACAAUUGCUUUAUCGGACAAUCCUAUCUUAGGAUUCAUCAGAGAUUUCAUACAGGAGUGAAACCUUACAAAUGCAGUGAAUGUGACAAAUGCUUUACCGGACAAUCCUAUCUUAGGAUUCAUCAGAGAAUUCAUACAGGAGAGAAACCUUACAAAUGCAGUGAAUGUGACAAAUGCUUUAUCGGACAAUUCUAUCUUAGGAUUCAUCAGCGAAUUCAUACUCGAGAGAAACCUUACAAAUGCAGUGAAUGUGACAAAUGA